AUGACUGCUCAGACACCGUCUCAAGAGACAUGGCAAGCAUUGCCUUUGUCAAUCGCUCCAUCAAUAGCGUCUCACUCCCUAUCAACACCAGAGUCCCUACAAAUUGAGAUUGAUCAAACAACUCACCGGCUUGAACUCCUCAACUUUUUUCAUAUUCCUACUUCAUCCAGCAUUCUUGAAAUUGGAUGCGGUCAGGGCACAUGCACCGUUGUCUUGGGGCAUGUCGUUGGGGAAGAUGGCCAUGUUGACGCCAUUGACCCCGCACCUCUUGAUUACGGUGCACCAUACACUCUUGGCCAAGCACAGGAACAUAUUGCUCAAGGCGCUUUGGGCGGGCGUGUAAAAUUCUGGCAGGCCCAACUUGAAGACUUUCUAAAAAAGACAGGAGACAAGAAGUGGGAUUACGCCGUCUUUGUGCACUGUCUAUGGUAUCUCGAUGCACCAGAAACCCUCACUCGCAUGCUCAAAGCGCUGAAGGGGCGGGUGAAUAGAGUCUGCGUUGCUGAGUACGCCAUGAAGGCAUCUGAGCCAGCUGCUGUUCCUCACUUGCUCGCCGCCAUGACACGCUCUACAUUUGAAGCACAAAGACCAGGGAGCGAAGCGAAUAUCCGAUGUCUGCUGAGUCCACCUGAUAUCAAGAAUAUUGCCGAGGAUGCUGGCUGGAAGAUUGAGCAAGAGACGGGUAUUAUACCGCAUGCGGGACUGCAAGAUGGGGGCUGGGAAGUUGGGGAUGUGAGAAGUAACAGUUUCCUUGACAAUAUUCAGCAGUAUGUCACGGAUAGUAGAAUUAGGAUGGUGGUCAAGAGUGGUAGAGAAGCGGUUAUCAGAGCUGUUGAAGGGCUGGAUGGAAAGAGGGUGCAGACAAUGGAUGUGUGGGCUGCAACAUUAGUUGAAGCAAGCUGA